CAGUGUCCAAACGCUUCCCAUAAACGCUAGCUCUAUCUGACGCAGAACACGAUUCGAACGUUAACGCGGCUUCCGUCAAGAAAACUCUACGCGGGUUUUGGUUGCAAAGGAUAUUCAUCGAUUCUGUUUUUCCAAGAUAAUCAUCGAUUCCUGCCGGAUAUAUGGCUUCUGAGCAUAGUACUGAGAGAGAUCCGAAGAUGGUAAUUCUCAAUGAUCAAGGUUCUAAGGUGGGUUCUCUACCCUUGGAUAAGAGGAAAACGAGGAAGAGAAAGGAUGGGCCUAAGAAUGUUGCUGAAACACUUGCAAAAUGGAAGGAGUAUAACGAAAAACUUGAUUUUAUGGAGGAGGGAGGGAAGCGUGUGCGCAAAGCUCCUGCGAAGGGAUCAAAAAAAGGGUGUAUGAAGGGCAAAGGAGGGCCAGAAAAUGUAAGGUGUAACUAUAGAGGCGUCCGGCAGAGAACAUGGGGCAAAUGGGUAGCUGAAAUUCGGGUGCCAAAACGAGGUAGCAGGCUUUGGUUGGGCACUUAUGGCACCGCGCUUGAAGCUGCACUAGCUUAUGAUGAAGCUGCAAGAGCAAUGUAUGGUCCUUGCGCCCGCCUAAACCUUCCAAAUCACACUAAAACCGAAUGCUCUUGCUUGCCUUCUGCAUCCGCAUCAGACUCCACCGUCGCUUCUAGCCUCUGUGAGAUAGAAACCGAGGCUGCAGCUUCUUCCAACAUAGAACACGGAGACAGCAGAGGUGAAUCACAUAACAAAGCGCCACUCCACUCGGACAAAGGGGAUGGAGGCGGGGCAAGAACUGAAGAACCAUCUGAUGUUACUGCAAAUCUAGACGACUUCUCUUGGGAUGAAAUGUUUGAUGUGGAUGACAUAUUAGGCGUUUUGAACACUCCCCUCAAUGUCCUCCCCGGUGAUACACCGGGUGCUAGAUCACUGGAAGAUCUCCCGCAACUCGAGCAGCAAGCUCCUGCAAUUGAUCUGAGCUUUCUGAACCAAGAAAGGCAAGACGAUGCGCGCUUCAACUUGGACGAUGUUGGGUUUCUUGACUUCAAUUCAGAAUUGGGCAUUUGGUGAGAAGCAAGCUUGUAAGAUAUGAAGAAGAGCCUGUAAGAAUCUCAUGGAGUGUAAAAUAAUGCUGUGAUUAUCCUUGAUUUGGAGCUGUGAUUUCCACUUAAAUUUUCUCCUUGGUUACACAAAUGGGAGCUAAUUCUCUUGAAGUUUUUGGAAUAGGGAGAUCUAAUUGACUGUUAACUAUACUAUGUUGGUGUUUCAAAUUCUUUGUGUAUAAUACCAUCUCUAACCCGAUUUAUUUGCAUUCUUGAAA